AUGACCGUGCCUCCAUCUGCUGCGGCUACUGCUGCACCGACCAUCUUUAUUCGCUGUGCCACACUGCACAGCCGCGGCGAGCUUCUGAACGGCUUCUUCUUCGCGCACCGCGCCACACUCGGCAUUCAGGACUGGUACGAGACUGCACGAACGACUGUCAACAGCGGCACCGGAAAUGAGGAAGAAAAGCUCAGCAGUGCCGACGAUAGUGCCGCUGCCGGCGACACCCCUCUCGCUGCCUCGUCGCCGCGUCUACGGCCCUAUUUUCCAGUAGAGGUACUGUAUGUGCGCAACUCUCGUAAACCGUACUUUCUUGUCGAAUGGCGCUACCCCACAUCGGAGGAGGAGGGCAAGCGAAAGGACCCGAGUGACGGCUGCAGCGGCGUCAAGGAGGGGGUGGCCGAGGUCCACGAGGCGCGAGCCGGCUCUUCGCAGAACUGCGUCACCGAGGAGUUUCUGCGGCAGCUUGCAGAGCGCACCCUUGCCUUAGGGAAGCAGGAACUGUCUGAUGAUGGCGCGAUGUGGAAGGGGCAGCCAGUGCUCAUCAGCGCUGCAUUGCCUGGGAUGACUGUGGUGGCUGAACGACGAAAGCUGGAGCUGCGUGAUGCACAACUAAAGAUUCAGCGAGCCGCAGAGAAGCGAGAGCGGGCGGAGGACGAGUCUGCGGCACAGACUUCGAAGACGAAGCAGAGAGACUCUGGCGUCGUCGCCUCUGCUUUUAUUCCCCGCUGCGUGCGGCGACGAGCGUGA